GUUACAUCACCUUCGAUCUCGCGCCCUCGCAUCGCCCAGUCAAGAUGCGUUGUCUCGGUGCCUUUCGGUCGUCGCUUGUCUCCUAGUUCUCACCCCUGCGGUCCCGCCCUCCCUCUUUCCCAUCUUCGCACGCGCAGAGGGGCGCUUCUUCUCUCUUCCCUUUCUUAUUCUCUCCAUCGGUGACGCUGCUGCGAUCGAGUUCCCUCCUUCAGCCUCCAUUUCUGACGUCCCCAACUAAGGUUCAAGGUGUUAGCCCUUUAGUCUUCUCUCGGAGCUAUUUCGACAGCGCAUCGUUCGUGUAAGCGGACCACUAAUGGCGGAACCAAGACCGGAGCCACCAGCGCGAAGGUUUUCUACUUCUCAGAAACUCCCCGACUUUCUGCUAUCUGUGAAGCUCAAAUACGUGAAACUCGGGUACCAUUAUCUUAUCUCCCAUGGAAUGUACCUCUUCCUCUUCCCUGUGAUCGGCGCCAUCGCCGCUCAGCUAUCGACUUUCUCCAUCAAAGACCUCAACGACCUGUGGGACCAUCUUCGCUACAAUCUCAUCUCCGUCAUCCUCUGUUCCAUGCUCCUCGUCUUCCUCUGCACUCUGUAUUUCCUUAGGCGCCCGCGACCCGUCUUCUUGGUCGAUUUCUCCUGCUAUAAGCCUGUCGAUGCACGGAAAUGCACCCGAAAGGUCUUCAUGGAUCAGUCCGCCCUCACCGGCUGCUUCUCUCAGGAGAAUCUUGACUUUCAGAAGAAAAUCCUCGAGAGAUCCGGCCUCGGCGACACAACUUACCUCCCUGAAGCCGUCAUGAACAUACCACCGAAUCCAUCGAUGGCGGAAGCAAGAAAGGAAGCCGAGACUGUUAUGUUUGGAGCUCUCGACCAAUUGUUCGCUAAGACGACCCUGAAGCCAAAGGAUGUCGCCAUCUUGAUCGUGAACUGCAGUCUCUUCAAUCCUACCCCUUCACUCUCCGCCAUGAUAGUCAACCACUAUAAGCUUCGAGGCAACAUUUUGAGCUAUAACCUCGGCGGAAUGGGUUGCAGUGCGGGCCUGAUAUCCAUUGAUCUCGCGAAGGACCUUCUGCAAGCCCAUCCUAACUCUUAUGCACUGGUUGUUAGCAUGGAGAACAUCACGCUCAAUUGGUAUUUCGGAAACAACCGAUCGAUGCUGGUGUCGAACUGCCUCUUCCGUAUGGGUGGAUCUGCCAUUCUCCUUUCCAACAAGCGCUCUGAUCGCCGGCGGUCGAAAUACCAGUUGGUCCACACUGUUCGAACCCACAAAGGCGCAGAUGACAAGUGCUUUGGCUGCGUGAAUCAGGAAGAAGACGAUACUGGCAAGGUCGGCGUCUCCUUGUCCAAGGAUCUAAUGGCUGUUGCUGGAGACGCUCUGAAGACAAACAUAACCACAUUGGGUCCGCUCGUGCUGCCCAUGUCUGAGCAGCUUCUCUUCUUUGCUACAUUGGUAGGAAGGAAGCUGCUGAAGAUGAAAAUUAAGCCAUACAUUCCGGAUUUUAAGUUGGCAUUCGAGCAUUUCUGCAUUCAUGCUGGAGGAAGGGCAGUUCUCGAUGAACUGGAGAAGAACUUGAACUUGUCUGAGUGGCAUAUGGAGCCCUCUAGGAUGACACUUUACAGAUUUGGAAACACAUCCAGCAGCUCUCUGUGGUAUGAAUUAGCUUAUACAGAGGCAAAGGGGAGAAUGAAGAGGGGUGACAGGACCUGGCAAAUAGCAUUUGGUUCCGGUUUCAAGUGCAACAGUGCUGUUUGGAAGGCUCUCAGGACCAUAAAUCCGGCGAAGGAGAAGAACCCCUGGAUGGAAGAGAUCGACCAGUUUCCUGUGGUGGUGCCUAGAGUAUCGGCGCUGUGAGUUGACGUCUUCCAGCUUGUUUUUCAGCUGGUUUUUGGGGCCUUAGAUCCUGGUAGAGACGUUAUUGUAAUUUGGGUAACAUUUUUUUUUCUUCAUGAAUUGAUUCGGAUGAUUAGUUUUGGAGGAAAUUUCCGUCUGGUUCAGAUGAUUGGUAGCUUUUACUGCUAUUUGCGAGGCGACCUGAUGAUUUCCCUGUAAGCGGUGGAAGUGAAACAAGUCACGCCUCUGUGGAGGUGACUUUCUAUGUUCUCAGUGAGAAACUUAGUUGCUUGUUUCUUUUAAAAAACCAAUUUGUUGUGAAACUCUGUAUCCUUGUCUUUUGCACCAGUUGCAGUUUAUUAGAUUUUCUCUGUAUGUGGAACAGAGAUAAACUAUUUGGAUCAAAGAAAGGUUUAUAUUCUAUGAAUUACUAUUUAUCCUC